UCCAUAUUAUACUCCUGCAGUGCAGUCCUGCUGAUCUCACUUUUGUUUAUUCUCUCUCAUAUUCUUCUCAUCCGCAUCCUCCUUCGCCUCAUCGGAGGCAGACGCCAUUGUUAAAGCUUAUAACCAUGGCUGCUGCUACCAAUUCCUUCCUAACUACUACUCUCUCUCUUUGUGUAACACGAUUGUCUCACUUCGCACCUCAGAUUUCUCGAUUUGAUGCUAACAACAACAAACCUUCCUUGAUUCCGCCUAAAUUCAUAUUUUCUGGAUUUUCUCUCUCCAAAAAAUGGAAUGUAUUGCAAGUUUCUCCAAAGAGCACGAAUUCUGUUAGUUCAUUGAUGUCUGAUGAUGACUCUGAUCCUAUCCCAGUGCCCGUUGUUCUAAUUGAUCAAGAUUCAGACCCAGUUUCCACAAUUGUUCAGCUGAGUUUUGGAGAUCGUCUUGGAGCUCUCAUUGACACGAUGAAAGCAUUGAAAGUUUUAGGCUUAGAUGUCUCGAAGGGUACUGUUACUACUGAGGGAGCUGUCAAGCAAACAAAAUUAUUCAUAACACGAUUAGAUUCUGGGCGAAAAGUUGAGGAUCCUGACAUGCUAGAGCAGAUCCGCCUUACCAUAAUUGACAAUCUACUGAAGUACCAUCCAGAAUCUAGUGAACGACUUGCAAUGGGAGAGGCUUUUGGUGUCAAAGCUCCAGUUGAGAAGCCUGAUGUGGAUGUGGCAACCCAUAUUCACAUUCAAGAGGAUGGACCUAAGAAGAGUUUGCUGUACAUAGAAACAGCAGAUAGACCUGGCCUGCUGAUGGAAGUCAUCAAAAUCAUGUCUGAAAUCAAUGUUGAUGUGGAGUCAGCAGAGAUUGACACAGAAGGACUCGUAGCCAAGGACAAGUUUCACGUGAGUUACCGAGGGGCAGCAUUAAACAGUUCCUUGUCUCAGGUUUUAGUUAAUUGUCUCCGUUACUACCUAAGAAGGCCACAAACAGACGAAGACAGUUACUGAAAGCAAGAACUUGUACUACCUCUGGGUGAUCUUGUGACGGUGGUAUGUUACCUCAAGAUGGAUUCUCCUGUUGUAUUGCUGCAGAUUACCCUUCACCAUGUUAUACAAAGAAUUCUAGCUUUGAUAUGCCUGAAUUUGAAGAAAAGUUUGUAAAUAAGCCCAAUCUCUACAAGAUACAUCCAGUCAAAAUGGUUUCAUCUCAUUUAGACUGUCUUGAAGCAUAUGAAUAAUCAAAACAGCAUUCUUACAACAUACAA